AUGCCACCUGCAGAGAAAAGGAAGAAUUCUGCGACGGGGUCGAAGAUAAACAAGCGCGACCUGCUGGCCAAAGUGAGCAAGACCAUACUUCCGAAGGCUCACUCGCCUUACAAUCUUUUUUACCAGGCCAGCUUGGCACAGGCCAAGGCUGCCGUGGAAGCGGAGUCGACGCUGCAAGGCAUCCAGCUGCACCGAGCAGCGGUGGCCCGUGUGGGAAAGCUGUGGAAGGAGCUGGGGCCCAAUGGACAGCAAGAAUGGAAGGAUAGGUCGGAGUCGGAGUUCGAGGCAAGGUAUGAAGUCGCCCAGCGCCUCCUCUCGGGCGACGAUUCUAUGGAUGAUCGGAGUCGGAGUCUUGAUUCCGGUGUCGUCCGGGUGGGGCGGUGGUGCUGCACUGAUACAGUGCUGUGGCAAGGGAAGCGCACCACGGCUUACAAAGCCAGACAUGAGCUGCUGGAGUCGGUGUCGAUGGCAGUCAUCUUUCAGGAUGCAGCGGAUUACAAGGUGGAACUGGACACCCUCCAGCGCAUUUCGGAUGUCGGUGUCGCAGACAAAAGCUCCUUGUUUAUGGCCCUUGCCAUGGGAUUUCUGCCGAACCCGGAGUCGGAGAACCCGGUGCACUGCCUCGUCUACAGGUACUUGCCAACAGUGGACGAGUGUUUGAAGAUUAAAGGCAACGGAGUCGGAGUCACUAGGUGGUCAGGGGCCAAGCUGCGAGUUGCUGGGAAGCAGCUGGCCGUCGCGGUGGAGUUCUUGCACUCGAUGGUCGGAGUCUAUCACUGUGAUCUGCGACCAAAGACCGUCUUCUGGUCGGAGUCGGACUGGAUCCUGAAGCUCGGCCGCUUCGCCAACUGCCGGCUCUGUCAGGAUCGGUCGGUGUUGGAGUUUGCACCGUAUGUGGCCUGGUACAGAGCUCCGGAGUUGUUCCAGAAGCUGGAGUGUCUCAGAGUCGACGAGCUGACUGAGAGCUGGGCUUAUGCAGCAACGAUGGUGGAGAUUGCGUCUGCGAAGCAGCUUUUCACAAGCCUGCAAGAUGUCGUUAACAUCGCCCCGCAGUCGGCGUCGAAAUUCGCAGCGAUCCAGUGCCUCGAGGUCGGAGUCCAAAACGUGCUGCUGAAGUUCCUUUGUGAUCGGAAAAAGCGCCUUUCCAUCAGAAGCUUCUUGGAGUCGGAGGUCUUGCUAUCCCAGCUUGGCUAA